AUGCAGAGGAGAUUGAUCUUGCGGCUGGAUGCCGUCGACGAUGCAAUCGGAAAGCAUCACACGCGGAGGCAGCAGGAGCGGCUCGGACCGGAAGAGCGGGCAGCCGUGCAGCGAUGGAAAGGCUUAGACGCGCGUGGGGCCAGCUGCGCGAGGCGAGCCGACCGAGUCGGGCGCGGGCGUGCGGCCGAAGAUAUUGAUGUUGAUGUUAAUGAGGACAAUAUGGGAGAGGAAAAUUCACAGCCUUCACCUGAUGCUCGGAAUGGUGAUGAACAAGAUGAUUCUCCUUUAUCUAUAUAUGAUCCUAGGACAUGGGAUAAUCUUGAUAAUCGAAAAAGGGACAUUUUAAUUGAAAAGGGGCCGGUGAGAGAAUUGGGCCUGGAGUUCCCUGCCCGCCCUGAUGAUGUCGAAGGUAGACGUUUUUCAUAUGCUUACUAUUCCAGAAAAUUAGCUAAUAAAGAGGUUAUGGACAGAAAGUGGUUGGUUUACUCUAAAGAGUUGGACAAAGUUUUUUGUUUUGCCUGCAAGUUGUUCAAAUCAAACCAGAGCAGGUCUUUGCUAGCGUCUGAUGGAUUAAAGGACUGGAAGCGUCUCAGUGGAAGACUCCAAGAACAUGAGAGCAGUGUUGAGCAUUUAACAAACAUGAACACAUGGAAUGAUCUAAGGUUGAGGUUAAGCAAAAAUCAAACAAUUGAUGAUGACAUGCAGCGGGAGAUUGCAAAGGAAAAGGAGCGGUGGAGACAAGUUUUGCUAAGAAUAAUUUCUGCAGUGAAGUUUCUUGCAAAACGUAAUUUGGCAUUUCGAGGAACAAAGGAGAAGUUGUAUGAAGAUAAUAAUGGUAAUUUUUUUGGCACGGUUGAAAUGAUUGCUGAAUUCGAUCAUGUGAUGCAAGAACAUAUUAGGCGCAUUCAAAGUAAUGAAAUACAUCAUCAUUAUCUUGGCCACACUAUUCCGAAUGAGUUGAUUUCUCUCCUUGCUGACGCAGUGAAAAAAGUUAUCUUACGCACCAUCAAGGAUGCCAAGUAUUUCUCUGUUAUAUUGGACUGUACCCCGGAUGUGAGCCAUGAAUAG